AUGGAGGGUCUCAUACAAGUGGAAACCAUAGUGCGCACAAUUGCUAGAAAUCUAGACACAGGAGAUUACUUAAAUUUCAAACGAAUAAAUAAGCUCACUUAUAAGGACCAUUUGAAUAAUGAAUUUGAUGAUCAAUAUUUCACAGCAAAAUUGCGAUGCUUGGGGCUUCAGCGGUCUGAACUAACGAAUAAUAACCUAGUAGAUAACGCUACUAUCACUUCGAUAAAUAUUUUUGAUGAGAUUAAAACUUUUAAGGAAGGGAAUUCCCUGGAAACGUUUAAGAUUUUUUAUAAAACUUUCAAUACCUAUUGCAAUAAACUUUCAAACAAUAAUUUAUCCAACUUUUUUAGUGUCAAAUAUGAUAGUGACCCUUAUUUACAGAUUGUAAUAUUACAAAACAUUGAACUCUACAUCAAUUCUAUCAGGGUUAAUGAUUUCAAGUCAUUUACUGAAAUUUAUAACGCCCUCAACAUAUACAAAAACCUGUUUGUUACUUCAUGUUUGAAUGAAAUGGAAAUUAAAUAUAAAAAUAAAGAAUAUGAUCAAGUAGCCAAUUUUUUCAAGAUCCUGUUCAAAGCCAAUGAAGAUAACGUCGCCAUAGAUUUUUAUAACUCAAAAGUUGAAUAUCCUGUGGUUACCGAUAUAAAUCCUGAUACAACAAGCUGGGAUGAGAUGUUUUUGAAUCUUUUAUUCGAUCCAUUGAGAGCAUUUGUCAAUGAGCAAAUUACUUUGAUCGAUAAACUUUUCGAUCUCAACUACCCUAUGGUAAUAACGUUUUAUGAGAAUUUCGUGCAACAAAGUUUGUUAAACGUUAUCAAUUUAUUAUUAAAUGAAGAGAUCUGUACUAAGGAUUUUUUUCUCGAGAAGUUUCCCCAAAUUUAUUUCAAAAUCAUUGAUAAGUUUUGCAGUACCUUAACUGAGUCCAGAAACUCAAAACUUGUAGAUGAUAAAAAAUCAUUUCGCGAGCUUCUUAAAAACACCCUUAAUGUAUACUUGGAGCCAAAAAUUUUGAACUAUUUGAACCAAUCGACAACAAAUUUUGAACAAAAAUUAAAUAAUCAAUUCAAGAACUUUCAACUUGAGCAAAAGGAUGACAUUAUCAAAAAUAAUCUAUCAAGCAUUGGUGAAACGCAGGUUUCGAAUAGUGAUAGCGUAGAAAAUAAAAAUGCUUUCUUAAAUUCCUUCUCCAAAAUCUUUAAACUUUCAAAAUUGAGUACUAAAUCGACUCAGACCACAUCAGUAUCUCAAUUGAAUGAUAAGUUAAACAGUUUGGUUAGUAAAAAUUUUCAAACCAUUAAAAAAUUUUUAAAUUUAGAGCUAUCUUUCAAUAUUAUUCAACAGACGCACGAUCAGAUAGAAUUAUUUUUGAAAUUCAAAGAUACUGAUUCAGAUUCAAAUUUGAAUCUCUAUAUCAACUCGAGUUGUGAAAAUAUUUUCAAAAUUCUGAUUGACACACUGAAUGAAAAUCACAUUAGACCAGCAUUCAGGAACGCAAUUGCUGUUCUUGAGAACUAUAAUCUUGAUGAAAUGGAGUCGAUUGAGCAAGAAAAGAAGGAACAAUCCUUGGAACCCCUCGUGAAUUUUGCCGAAUUGAUAAACACGGGGGAUAUAAUCUUACAGAUGAUAUCUAUCUUCUACAAAAAUGAAAUAUUACGCAGAAAAAUUAUUAGUGAUGAUAGUUCUAAAGAGGAGCAUAGUAAUAAAGCAAUAUUUCUGCAAAAUAAUCUCAUUCAAGCCAAAAAAAAACUUGAGACAACUAUAGAUAAUUUUGUUGCCAAUGGUCUAAAUAUUGGGAUAAACAGAUUGAUUGAUCAUAUUCACCACACUUUUAAAACCACCCAGUUACCAACUGAUUAUUAUCCUGGUAAUAAAAAUGAAUUAACUUUGGAAAUUAAGCCAACAUUGUGUUGUACAAAAGUCAUAUCAAUUUUAGAUAGUCAUUGCUUUCUUUUAAAUGGGGCAACUGAUAAGGGUACUAUUGAUGUGUAUCAGCAAGAAAUUGGUAAAAGAUUUUUCCAAACUUUGGUAGAACAUAUAAAGACACAAAUCAUCUCAACGGAAGGUGCAAUAUUUUUGAUUUGCGAUAUGAACCAAUAUUAUGAAUUUAUAAAUAAAAAAUUGAGACAAAAAUCAAUCUUGCCAUAUUUUAAAGCGCUGAAAAAUGUCGGUAAUUUAUAUUUAAUUGACGGCAAAGAUUCUAAAGAGCUGGGGAAACUAAUUGGUGAUUUGAGUAAAUUCGAAGGUAUUUUUUCUCAAGAGGAAAUUUAUGAAUUUGUGCAGAGACGACAAGAUUGGCUAAUUGUAAAAAGAGAUGUGGAAAAGGUGAUGUAUGGUUUAGGAAUUAAGGAUUGUGUUGUUAUGUAG